AAAUAUGUUAGCAAUAGAGUAUUGGAAAAUGAUACGUCAAAAACGUGCUUGGAACGACGUUCAACACUUUCUAAUUUUAACUUGCAACUAAAUAACACUUCUGUCAGUGAUUCACAAGAAGCUACCACACCAAAUGAUAAAAUUCCACAACAACAACAGCAACAAUCUUCAACGAUGGUGCCACAAAGUGCUCGGCAACGUUUAGCUAAAUUAACAGCAACACUAAUUGGUACUAUCAAUGCUGAAUCAUCAGAUGCUAUCGGUCCUUCAGAUUCUUCUGGUUGUAUAACAAUCAAAGAACUUGAAGAUCAAUUAAUGGGUGUACGAAUUCGAGAAGCGGAUACUGUUGCUGAGUUAAAAGAAAUGCGUCAAAAAGUGAUGGAAUUAGAAACACAAAAUCAUGUCUGUACAAAUCAACUUAAACGACAAGAUGAAGAAAUGAAACGAUUGCGUGAAGAAAAAAAUGAUAUUUUACAGUGUCAAAAAGAGCUUUCGGAUCAAAUUAAGGAAGAGCGACGUAAAGCGAUUGAGGUAGAAAGUGAGCUAAAAGAACGAGCAGUGAUGGAGCGAUUAAAGUAUAGCGAAGCAAUGCAACACAUUGCUGAUUUAAAACAAACUAUUACUCAUCUCGAACUCAAGAAGGCUGAAAAAUGGACGCACACUCAGUUAAGAGGAAGUUCAGUGUGUGAUUUGGAUGAUGAUUCUUCGACGGGUGCAAUUGGAUCACAUGUAAGCGGUGAUGCGGUUUCUAUCACCAGUGAUGAGCUAACAACAUUAAUUGCUGAUAUGCAAGUUCGAAUACCGGAAUUUUCGGAUGAAACUGUCAUGUUGAUGAAAGAGAAUGGUAUUAGCCAAAAUUUAAGCAAUGAUCGACGAAUGUUGGAGGAAGAUGGUAAUGAUACAACGGAUAGCGGUUUUCAAACAAGUGAUACAUCGUGA